GCUAUAUCCGUCUUGUACAGAAGCGGACUGAACCCUUGUUACCGGUAUUAGGAUAGCUUGGGAAACUGCGGUACAGGGGUGUUGUAAUAAAUACCAAACAUGGCUUGCAAAGUCGAAUACUUUUACGUAGAUAUUAAUUAUAAAUAAAAACGUAACCAUGCUACUGUCUCGUCAAGCAACUGUUAGCCGGCGGCCGUUCUCUUCCGCGCCCGCCAACAUUACCAUCAAACCUCGAGUCCUUACGCGUGCGACACCUCGUCCAGAACUGCCAUCUACAACAAAUGUAGCUAGGGUUUGCAUUCCGGACUUGCAAUGGAGCAUCGACAAUGUCGAUGGAAAACGGCUAUCCGUGGCCAUCUUCACACACCUCGCCGCAACCUACGGCAACAAGCUCACAAAAGAGGGCGCCGAAGAGGGGCUGCGACUGUACGGAGAUGUGGUGCAGGACGCACACGCGCGCCCCGGCGCCCACCCCAACAUCGAGUUGCUGAUGCGGGUGGCCCAGGAGGGCAGCAGCUAUGAACUGAGUGUGGAGCGAACGCAGUAGGCAGGACUCCCUGUGUGCUGUGUGGGGUGCUGUGCCGGGGUUAGGCUGUGUGAUGGAUCCUGGCUGGUCGGCUGCAGAGGCCCGCUGGCCCUGAGGUCGCGCUGCUGGUGGAGGAUAGGAGGAGGCGUGCAUGCAGGGAAGCUACUGUAACGGUCGAGCAUGCAUACCGGUACAUGCAAGCUGGGUGCCCGCAGGCUUGCUGGUUGGGUUCACUUGUUGGGUCUGGUGUGGGUGUGGAUCGCAGCUAGGCGGCCUGCCGGCUUGGCAGCAGGUGUGUGCCCGGAAGGAGGUUGAGGUGAGGAGAGCAGCGGAGUACUGUGGAUGCGCCGGCAGGGCUGGUAUAAGCAGGUGAUUAGGCAGGUCGGGCUGUGGUUGUUAUUACAAACUUACAAUGGCAUCGGGUGCUGUGGGGCAAUGAAGGGUCUAGGAUGCCUUCUGUGCUGCCAUGCAUCACCGCCGCUUCCAGCCAGGCGGCGGCGGCGUGCUCUUGUGUCCGCACACACCAG